AUGCAAGAGCAGCAAUACCAACUUCACCACAUUCCAUUGAUGCAAGUCAAGAACAUGUGGAGAGUCCAAGAAGGAGAAGAUGAUUGGGCACUUGUAAGCUUUGUUGGAGAACAAAUCCAAGACCCAAGAAAGUGCAAGAAGGCAAUGGAGAAGAGUGUAGUGAGUACUCAACUCACCAAGGAGUUCCUCUCCACAGUAGCUCUUGCCUUUCCCAACCACAAUGGAGACCAACCAGCUGGUGAUGGACUCCUACUCUUCAAGAUAGGCGAUGCCAAUGGGCGCAUCUCCAUCUCAGCUCUAUGCCAACUCUUUGGACUUCCCAAUGAGACAGCACAUGACUUCAAGGAGAACUCAAAGAGGAAACAAGCUGCCUUUGCUGAUUGGACACACUUUGCCAAUGAACCAUUCUUGCCUUCAAGAUCAAAGGUGUCUAGAAUCACUCAUCCAGCCAUUCGCUAUGUGCACCGCCUCAUCUCCACCACUUUCCAAUGCAAACAAGAAGCCAACAAGGUCACAACUGAUGAGUUCUACAUCCUCACCACACCAUUCAUCAAGCAUGAGUACAAGGCCAACCUUGGACUUUUACUUGCCAAGACAUUAUCAAUUCAAGACUCAACGCCGCCACCAAGAACGCCAUGUUCUCACUACUGGCAUGGCCGCGACCAAGCUCUAGACCGUGUAAGCAAGCUGGAGAAGAUCGUGGAAUGCCAAUCUCGCUUCAUCUCACGCCUAGUUCGUGUAGUUCGCCACAUUGCACCGGAGAGACUCUUUCGCCCUUCUUCCACCGCUAGAGAGCCAUAUGAGCCUGACCUUGGUGAGUUCUCACUAGACUCAGAGCUUGGUUCAGAAGGCGAUGACCCCAUAGAUGAGGAAGAGAGUUCUUCUCACUGCCACACAUAG